AUGAAUUAUCCAGAACAUCAUCAAGCCGUUAGAACUCUCACUCGAGCGUCAUGCAUGAUGAUGGCAGCUGAACUUAUGAUCUGGUUUGGAACCCACCUGGCAGGUUCAACAAAAAUGUGGGUCAUAUGGCUUAUCACUGUGAUGGCCAUUUUCGGCGCUGCUGUUGAUGUGGCCGAUGUCACUGCGGUAAGAGGAUUCUCUGACAUGAGAGCUGAUUUGGUCAGGGAUGCAUAUUCUGUGGUAGUUAUGGCUGGAAUAACACUCAAGGCAAACCAAAUUUUCCCCAGAAAAUCUGAUGCAGUGAGCCAAGAUCACCAAAACCUCUUCAAAAAAUCACUUAUGGCGGUUUCAUUAACCCGCGUGAUUUACAGAUUGUACGUGACAGGAUAUUCACCAGUCUUGGAUAGCAUCUUUCUGGUGUGUCAAAUGGUUGCGCUGUUCUUCAGCGUGAAAGCAUGUUAA